AUGGCAGAAAAUCCAGACUUUAACUACAAUCCUCGAUGUGAUAAAUUGAACAUAAUACAAAUGGGGUUUGCAGAUGAUUUGUUGUUGUUCUGUAGAGGGGAUGUGGUAUCUACUCAGCUUUUAUACAAACAAUUCCAGCAAUUCUCUAUGGCUUCUGGGCUAAUUGCAAAUCAAGGGAAGAGUGCUGUGUAUUUUGGAGGGGUACCAGAACAGAUUCAACAACAAAUUAUAAGGUUAGGCUUCUCUGUAGGAACUCUACCCUUCAGAUACUUGGGAGUUCCAUUGGGUUCAAAAAGACUAACUAUUGGACAAUGCCAUCCAAUAUUGGAAAGGAUGGUGAGGAGAGUAACCUCAUGGACAUCAAAGAUGCUGUCUUAUGUAGGGAGAUUGCAGCUGAUUAGAAGUGUGCUUAUAGCUAUCGAAAAAUUCUGGUCUCAAAUUUUCAUACUACCAAAGAAGGUGAUUCAGAGGAUUGAACAAAUAUGCAAAAGGUUUUUGUGGAAUGGGAAUAAUGAAUGCUCAAAGAAGGCUCUAGUCGCAUGGGAUAAAAUCUGUGUGCCAAAAUCAGCAGGUGGCCUCAACAUAGUAGAUAUAUACACAUGGAUUAAAGCUUCCAUUCUCAAGAAUUAUUGGAAUUUAUGCAAGAAGAAAGAUAGGUUGUGGAUUCAAUGGAUAUGGCAACAAAUAUACAAAUGGCAGGGAAUCCAGCGUCAAGCUAUGAGGUGGAAGGAAGAAAUUGAAUGGGCUCAAAAACACGCUUCUGGCAACAGUGCCAGAGCAGAAAUAUAUCGCAUGUCUCUAGCAGGAAGUGUGUACUAUACUUGGUUGGAUAGGAACAACAAAAUCUUUCAACAAAAAACAAGACCAGCAACAGCUAUAGUGAGGCAGAUCAUUCAAGAUAUACACUGCAAAGGGAGAAUGAGGAAGAAAUUGGCACCAUUAUUGAAACAACUUGAUUACUAUCCUAGUUAG